AUGGACCGGUUCCUCCGGGCCUUACCAUACGAAACGAAGAAGUUGGCGGGACAGCAUGCUCCACAGGGGCCGGAGGAGCUAGUGGAACUGGUGGAGCAAGUGGAAGCCACGCAUGAGAUGCUGAAGGUAGGGCAGACUGAACGCUUCCCCUUCCGGGCCCGAACAGGAGACGACCGGAAGCCGACACCACUAGACGCGGCCCAGGCCCGGGCCCCAGGCGACCAUGGCGGACAUGCGUGGACACCACACUUUUCCCACCAGUCUGGAAGAGGAGGGAGAACGCCCACCCUGCUACCCACCUCCGGAAAGAUGCCAUCUGACGUGUCCAUGCCCACCGACCCGGCCCCCGCACCAGCUCGCCUGCCUUACGGAAGAACCUGCUUAGCGGCGGAGCAGUUAAACCCUCACCAGGCGACCUGUCCCCUCCACUGGCCUGUGAUCGUCGGUGGCCAACCCUGGAAGGUCCUCCUUGACUCCGGAAGUACAGUCACUCUGGUCCAACCCCGGGUACUCCCCAGCAGUCAAGCCGCCUCCUCCGACCGAAUUUCCCUCACCUGCGUACACGGAGACGUGCACCAGAUCACGGCAGAGGGCCUAGAGGUGCAGAGCGACAGGGGCUGCUGGGCGGUCACGGCCGGGGUGGUGCCAGAACUUCCGGUCCCACUACUGCUCAGCCGGAACUACCCUGGCUUUGACGCCCUAUACCAGGCUGCCAGAACAAUCCAUGGAGGGGGCAGAAAAACCCAAAGCAGGGGAACAGGGAGGCAGCGGUCCCGACAAACCAAACCCCAGAUCCGGCCAUCAGGGGAGCCCUAUGACGCUUGGCUGGGGGAACGUGCUACAGCGGGCAAGGUGGCAGAAGCGGAUGGGGAAGGUGAGCAAUUACCAUUUAUAACAAGGUCUGAUCUCUUUCCCCAGGCACAGCUUAAAGGACAGUUCGGCACCGCGCAGGUCCAGGAUGACCGGUUGCGACACUGUUGGGGCCAGGUUCGAGUCCUCGAGGGGGUGAAGAGGGGAGAGGGGCCCCUGGAAGCGAAUUACUUCUCGGUGCGGAAAGGGCUCCUGUAUUACAACACCACGAGAAGAGGAGAAGUCCGGGAGCUGUUGGUGCUACCCAGCCAGUACGUAGCCACCGUCCUGCAGCUAGCCCACACCCACAUCCUGGGAGCUCACCUGGGUGUACAGAAAACCUUAGAGCGGGUAGCAGACCGCUUCCACUGCCCAGGAAUGCGCAGGGUGGUGGAGGACUACUGCCGCAGCUGUGAGGCGUGCCAACGCACCUCCCCGGUAAAGCCACCGCCGGCUCCUCUAAUCCCUCUCCCCAUAAUAGAAACCCCGUUCGAGAGGAUCGGCCUGGACUUAAUCGGACCCCUGCCCAAGUCAGCCCGGGGACACAACUACAUCCUGGUCAUCCUGAACUAUGGCACCUGCUACCCGGAAGCUGUGCCCCUCCAUGUCACCACCUCCAAACUUUGUUUUUUGCGCGUAGUACGGGGUUUCCCCGGUUGUACUACGCAUGUUAAUGAUAAUAAAAAGCCCGACUGGGUUAAUUUUUCUAAAACCUCCGCUCUGUGUGUUCUCUGUGCUGCCCACCUGCACCGUCACACCCAGUACGGUGCCACACAGGGAAAAAGAUAAUCUAAAAGAGAGAAAAUAUGGCAUAAAUUCUGUCUGUGAUAUCAGAUACUGGGGUUAUUUGUGUUGUGUGUGUGCUUUUUUUUUUUUUUUUUUUUUUUACAAUCAGCAUUACCACGUAAAUGUGAGUUCAGCCUCAGAGCAUCAUUUGGGUAUGGCAGACUAAAAAACAACACAAAGCUUAAUAAAAUGUUAAGCAUUUGCAGUUCCUGUUCAAAAUAAUCACACUUUCAUAUGCUAGUUACCAGUUAAAGCUAAUUUCCUAGCACGACGCACCAAGUAGGGCUGCUAACCGUUCCAUAAAAACAGCCUACAGAAUCGUCACAUAAUCAGAAAGUUAAAAACAUGAUCUGUAUAUGGGUCGGUGAGGGCCCGUAUCCCCACUGUGAACAACAGGUACUACCAAUACUUUGCCCUGCAUGGCUUCUCCACAGCCAAACACAGAUAUGGCGCAAGGAAUGUUUAUAAUCCAAUAUGCAAAUCACAAAUGGCCUCAGUUUCAGUAUGGCAAUGAGUGGGAGAAGCCUGUCUCUGAGUCUCAGUGUGGCAGUUAGUGGGAGGCGCCUGUCUCUGAGUGGCAGAAGUAAGAAGCCUGCAAUAGUUAUGAAUUGGCUAACUAAAUUGAUUGUAGCUAGCUAGCUAGCUAAACGUAGCUAACAUUGUAUAAAUUAUGCACAGUAACGUUAGAUCAAUAACGUAGUUGAUACGCUUUAGCUACGUUUUGAACUAACGUUAUGAUACCUGUUUCCAAUGACUUCAGUGUUACAUUGCCUGAUCAUUUUUUGUUGUGGUAACCUAGCAAGAUGACCCAAAUUAUUAAGAGCCACAAUGUUUUUCCAGCAAUGCAUGCUACACAAAUAAAUAACCUACAGUAAUUGCAUUGGCUACACAUGCUGCCCACUACUAGCCCCAGUUUGUGUCUCUAAUCAUCGUUUUUAAGCAAUAUCAUAGAAAGAGUGCACUUUUUACACAGGAAUGUGCAUGAAACCCAGAACAGUUAUGGAUUAUGCAAGGAAUGUAUGAUGCUCAGCAAGGUGCAAUACUGUCAACAGUUAUCUGUUUGUGUCACUUGUUUUUCUGGUAGUGUAACGUUAUCACAUUUGAGUUUGGCCAAGUAACGGUUCGUUUCUUCGACUGGUAACCUCAAAUAAUACUGGCUAGACAUAGAUUUAACUAGCUAGCUAAUGUAAUUUACUUGUUAUUUAGUUUGCUUGUUAUCAGAAAUAGUUUAGAGUGGCCAGAACAAGGCACAUGCGCAGUAACGUUUGUUUAUGUUGUUACCAUUGAAAGCGUCUACAUGUAAAGCAGAUGCUUCCAUGUUGGUGUGGUUUCUGAUUUAUUCAAGCCAUUAACAUCCCAGCAUGCAGUUUCAUUCUUGGUAUGAAUGGCUCCAGGAGACCCAGAGAUGUCGCUACAGAUCUGUAUUUAACUAUGGUUUCACUCUAGAUCCAAGAUGCCAGGAACCACGUCAACCAAGCACUACAGCUACUUGUGAGCAGGGACAAGGCAUACCACUUUAACACUGGAGCCCAAGUUAAUGAGAAAAUGUCCCCCAUGCCAGGAGACAUGAUGGUGAACUUCUACAUCAACCUCAGCAAGCUGUGCCUGACUGCAUGUCCUCCUGCCAGACACCGCCAAGGCAUCACCAUGCCCGAUUCCCACACUCCCAAACACCGCCAAGGCAUCACCAUGCACCAUUCCCACACUCCGAAAGGUCCAAACGGUGGAAUGUGUGGUUCCGUGGCCCAAUGACACGCUGGUCUGAAGUACGUGAAGGUACUUUUUCACGUGGACUACAACUAGACAUGAAAGUGUUUGGCAUGUUUGAAAAUCGAAGUGUUUAAUGGGGUGUUGUAGACACAACAGAUGAAUAAAUUGUGUCAGUUCAGAACAUGGCUUGCUAACGUGGCGUUUGCAAGCAACAUUAGCAAGUAGGCUAUUUAAAAAGUUGGUAAACAGUAGAACCGCCACAGCAGUGAGCUAUUGUCAGUUUUUCAGAAAAUCAAUAAAUCUGCCAUCAUUAAAUGCAUAUGGCUCCCCAUUAGUGAUUUGUGCUAAGUAUACUGUAUGUAUUGAACAUUGUGAUAUAAUUAGGAUAUCAAUAUUACAUUACAAGGGAAUAAAGUUAUAAACACCUACUUAAUGAAAUGUCCACGAGCGGCUUUGCAAUGAGAUGUUGUUUAAUGCCGUCAUUUGCUUGUGCUUUUAAAGAAGGUAGUCCAGUAAGCACAAGCCCGAAUAUAAAAUGAAUAUAGACGUCUAAAAGGGAUGGAAAUAUAGGUUGACAUGAUUUGGCAUACACUACCGAUCAAGUUUUAGAACACCUCCAUUUUUUCAGUUUUUAUUGAAAUUUACACAGUUAUCUCAAUGUACUCUGAAACAAAUAAACACAAUGGACAUAAAAAAAGAAAUCAUGGAAUCGUUGUUUAACACAAUUUAUUCAAAUUUUUUUGACUCAUCAAAGUAGCUGAACACACUUGUGGCAUUCGUUCUACAAAGGAAAUCAAAUAUUGUUCGGAAAGAUAUUCUCAACACUGUCGUAGAAGUUCCCACAAAUGUGUUGCACUUGUAGAUUGCUUUUCUUUCACCCUUCUGUCCAGUUCAACCCAAACAUGCUUGAUGGGGUUUAAUUCCAGAGACUGUGUUGGCUAUUCCAUAUUUGAAGCCUACCGUCUUGUUCUUUUCUUCUAAGAUAGUUCUGACAUAGCCUAGAGGUAUGUUCUGGGUCAUUAUCUUGCUGUAGGAUGAACCCCUGACCAACUAGGUGUGACCCAGAGGGUAUUGCAUGGCACUGCAAAAUGCUGUGGUAGCCCUUUUGGUUCAGGGUGCCAGUCACUCUGUGCAAGUCGCCAACUCUGGAUCCAGCAAAAGAGCCCCAGACCAUCAUGCUUCCUCCUCCAUGUUUGACAGUUGGUGUCACACACUGAGGAACCAUCCUUUCACCUACUUGACGGUGUACAAAAACCCUGCGUGAUGAACCAAAGAUUUAUUUAGUCAUUUUAGCAAUGGCUUUAGUACUGCCACUCGACCUGUCAAACCUGCAGCUCAAAGUUUUCUCCUCUUGUUGAAACUGAGACUUGCUUACUUCAACCACUGUUAAGCUGUGCUUGAGGCUGUUGUCCUGUGAGCCACCUAUCAUGGAAGCUGUUGACUCUCAGCCAGACCUCUUCCUGUCAGAGUUUCCUCCAGUUUGUAAGUGCCUUUCCAUGGUGUAGGAAGCUGUAUUCACUGACACCUUGGCUUUCUUUGAAAUUUCUCUAAAGAAAGACCUACACUUUUAAGGGUUAUAAUGGUCUGUCUGUCUUCCUUUGUAAAUUGCCUGUUUACUGUAAACAGUCUGUUCCAACACUGAUUUUAUGCAGACAGAGGGUUUGUAAGUAAUCAACAAAAGUUUGGAAACCUGUAGGACUUGUUUGCAUCAACUUUCAAGGCUUAAUUUACUUCCAUUGCUGCAGAAAAGCUGUAAGUUGUCAACUUGUUCCCUGAAAAAGGUCUUUUUUAUAACUCUGAAAUGUACAUUAUUUUUCAGUUUUUGGUAACCUAAACUUUUUUUAACCUCUGGCAGUUUACCACUUACCUUUGUACCAUUUCAUGUCAUUCACUGGACUUUAACUGCUUAAAUGUCAAUAAAAUGGGGGUGUUCUAAAACUUUUGACCAGUAGUGGAAAGGAGUAGUUUAGCUCAAUUUAACCGCUAUCAAGUCAAGUUUUAUUUUCAUAUGGAUGGCUCCUAGCCAGCAAGAAAACUUUCAUUGAGCCAAAUGUAGCCAGUGAACGGAACAUGUAGGUAUGACAUAAUACAGUGUAUGUUUGGUGAAAGAGCAGCGAGAUUAGGUUGAAAUGUGACCUGCUAGGACAUAGGCAGGCUAUAUCAGGGUGAAACAUGAACGAAUUUGAGGUAAAUAGAGCCAAUCUAGUGCGGUUAUGUGAAAAUAUCAGUCAGCGUAUUUACAUCUCUUCAGACGUUUAAAUAGCCUACACUGUGGAAUGAUAGAGACAGUUCCCACAAGGAUUGUGCAGUUGCAAAAUCAAUAGUUUUAAUGUAACAGGCAUUUAUAAAAUAUUAGUAAAGAAAUAAGCUUGCAUAAGAUUCACCUGAGGCGGUAUUCAAUCCGAGCCUGAAUGGUCCCAAAGGCAAGUGCUUUACCAACAAGCCACCGACAGAGUAGCUACACUGGGAGCAUAUUUUUGGGCAUAAGACAACAUUAUAAACGUUAUAAACACCUACUUAAUUAAAUGGCCAUGACUGGUUUUGCAAUAAGAAAACAAUAUUAAUGCUCAUGCUUUUAAAGGAAGCAGCCUUUAAAAGCUUUUUCAGCUCUGGGUCUAUUCCAUAUGGCCUGGCUGUAUCCGAGUCGGCUGGAAAACUUUCACAUUGCUAGAUUUGGUCCACACGGAUCUAGAAUUGUACAGUUGCAAAACAAAUAGUUGAAAAGUAAUAGACAAUUAUUAGUUAAUAAAUAAGCAUUCAUAAGAAAUCAAAAAUUUGUCCGAGCCUCAGGUGGGAUUCGAUCCUAUGCCACAACAGUUAAGGCAACGACAUUACCAGUGAGCCAGCAACAAAGUAACUGCACUAGCCCUGAAUUUUUUUGGUCAAAAAUAUGUUUCGUUACAGCUAAGUUAAUAUGUUAGACGUCUUGUUUACGUUUUUUUAACGUAAUUUAUGUGUUUCUAUAUUUCGUUGUGGUCACUUUAAGAAUCACAGGAUGUCAGUAACAGGAAGUUAUCUCAUGUGACCAGUAAUCAGGAAGUAAAUGAGCAUGAGCACGUUGUUUUAUUGUAUCUGAGCUAUUCCAGCCACAGCUACAAACAUCUUAUGUCUUUGGUAGCAUCGUGGGUAUGUAUUGAUUGUUUUUAUCGUUAUCUACGAUUGCAGAUCAUUAUUUUGGGACAAUGAUACAUUCUGUAAAGUUAGAUGCUAGAAUUCUACUGAGUUGCUAUUGCUAAUGACUACAUUGUUCCUAGGUCAUUGGAAGUUCAUAUAACAAUAAUUACAAAUAAAUAAAUGAACAGGUAAUUGAUUACAUGUAAAAAAUAUGAUGCCAUAUACUACGUUUGAAGUGAAAUAUAUAAUAAAUAUAUGCAACCUGUAACAGUACAAAACAAGGGGAUUUAAUUCAUAUUAAAGAUUGAGUUGGUAUAUUUACAUUGUGUAUUUCUGUACAUGUUAAAAGCAAGCAUAGUGGAUUAUGUUUUUUGUAGCCUAUGUUUCAGUUUUACCCUUCUUGCAACGUCAAUAAACCUGUGGACAGGGGGCCAACUGUCUUCAGAGUCUUGAUGUUAGGAAGGCAUUUAUCUGCCUGUCAACUUAUAUACAGCGCAUAUACUGAGGACAGCACAAUAUAUAUGUCUAUUUUGCAUGUAUAUGUAAUGUUUUGAUUGGCUAGUGUAGUUAAAUGUCUGUUACGGCCGGCUCGCAGAGCCGCAACAACAAAGUCCAAAGCACAAAAAACAAGACAGAAACUGAUCUAAAAACAUAAACUCAGACAUUUAUUAAUCUAAAACACAAACUAAAACAAACAAAAACCCAAAAAGUUCACAAAAUAAGAGUCUUCACAAAAACCUACCAAACGCAAACCACACAAAAGAUACCCCAAAGAAGAUCUCCCCAGCCUCAUACUGCAGGGCUUAUAUUAGGCCACAGGCAGGUGGAGGCAAUCAAGCAAUUAAGCAAUUAGGUAUUACCUCCACCUGCACUACCCAGGCAAGCAAAGGCUGGAGAUGUAACAAUGUCCAAUGGGAAGACACCGUUUGCGGGCUUGGAGCAUUGUGAUGAUGUAUGUAGGCAGGAGAAAGAAGAAGGAGAAAAUGCAAAAUCCCAGUUUGUUUGCGGCUUUGUUAUGUGGCUGUGUGAAGUUGUUUGUGAAUUCUGUCUGUUGAAAUGGGGUCAGAAGAUACAGAAAUUAAUGUUUUAAGGGCUGAAAAUGUGUGGUCAUUGUGGUUAUUUCUGUUGGAAACCCUGAAAAGUGCCAAACUCUCGGUACUGUAUAGGUAUGGGGCAUGCCGCCCCGCAAAGGCAUAACUUUCCCUGCCAAGGCAUAACCUGGCAGGAUGGCAUACCUGCCAUCCCAAUUUCUGUGCACAUUAAAUGGUGCCCUGUGUGAAUAACACCAGUUCCUGACAGCCAGCGAGCGAGCGAAAUGGAGACGAAAUCGCUUGUAAAACUGUCCUGAUAUGUAGCGACGCCUGUCAUAGAGAGACUAGCCUGAACUAAUCGAAUUAACUAGGGGCGUAAACAACUCCUCGGGCGGUAAACAACGCUAUUUUUGGACAUUUUCCAUUUGCGCUGCAUGAUGAGUGAGUAGCUAAUCCUUCUCAUUUCAAAUAAAUGGUUGCUAGCAACUACAUAAUUAAUGCAAAUAACAUCCUAUGUCUACAGCAUUGUAGCAUGUUAGCUGCUAUCAUGUCUCAAAACCACUAUGCAAGACUACAUAUAGCAAUGCUAACAGGUGCAAAGUAGCCUGCGGAUCUCGACCAAUAAAAAGUGUUUGGGGGCGGGACACGGCCACGAAAACUCACUCAACUAGAGACACACCAAACAAAUAUUUGAGGGGUGAACAACAUCGCUGCUCAGUUCACUGUCGCUCGCGGCAGGUCAGGAUAGUCUGAUUGAAACAAAUGCCUUUUAAUCACUUUUUCCUUGCUCGCUUUAUGUGAGGAACGGGUGUGACAGAGUGCUUCCCCUACAACGGUGAUAUCAACAAGGCAGUGAUAUCAGCAAGUCAGCCUGAUAUCAACAAGUCACCCUGAUAUCAACAAGGUGAUGUUAUUUUAUUGUUUUCCUCUCAGAACAUUUGUACAUACAUGCACACAUGCCCACAGACCGACUGUGCUUUCAUAAAAAAUUUAAGCCAUACUUUUAUUUUGAAAGAAUACACAAGGUACAAUCAUUGAUUCCUUUUAACUUUUUUACCUACUUUAUAGUGAAAAAGGUGUUAAUUUUGUUAUUUCAACAACACCCUUACAGGGUUCAAAAGUUUAAACCAAGAAAAAUAAAAUUUUCAGAUGAUAUUCUAAUUUCAAAAAGUAAAAGGAAAGUAAAUUAGAAUAAAAUUUUAAAAAAUGCAAAAUAUUUUAAUAACAAUAAUCCCACAUAGCAAUUUUUGUUUCUGUGGUUGUGACAUUCACAAAAUGCUUCUCAAAAUAAGUCUGAUCUACUGCUCUCACUUCAUAUCAAAAACAGACAUUUCUUCUUGGUCAGACAGCUUUUUCCCUGAGGAAUUAGUCAGUGCAUUAAAAUUUUAUUCAUUUUAUUUAUUUAUUUA